GGUGCUAUCCUUCGGCAACUGACGACGUCGCGCGCGUUCCAAACGCAGCUUAGAAAAAAACCAAAAACAAUUAUCCGCGAGCCCUCCGCUUCUUAGAGUUUUCUCAAAACGUCUCUAAACUUAUUCGUAAAUCUAAAUUUUUGUAGCGAAAAAGCGCCACUCCAUUGACUGCCGCCUUGUGCUAUAGAAACGUGAUCUCCCCACUCUUAUGAUGGAACUUUUGUCAAACAAUUCGGUUCCGCAACAAAUGGCCAGCAGCAAUGCGCCGAGCGCCAACGGUGUGGCCAACUCCUCAACGGCCAACGGAAGUGGAGGCGGCAGUGUAAGCAGCAACGGCAGCAACUCCUCCGAGCGACUGCUCGCGGGCAUUCUGGAGAGCUUUCCCGCCUGGGACCUCAACGUGGGACUACUGCCCAACGUAGGCCAGAGCUCACCACCACGCGCAGACUUCUUUAUCAAUAACUUCCUGGGCGGCCUGGACACGCAUGGCGACUUCAGCAUUGGACCCAUUGGCAGCGGUGCCCGCAGCAAUCCAAAAAUGUCACCAGAGUCAUCAAACAAUUCGAGUAUCAGCUGCGGCUGGUGCGAGGUGAGUGCUUCAAUACGUUGCCUGGAGUGCAACGAGUUCAUGUGCAACGACUGCCUGAGGGAGCACCGCAACAGUCCGCUGUCCUCCAAUCACUCGAUCGUGUCCUUGCCCACCCCUAUUGGAGCCUCCCCCACGGGUGGCAGCUCGGUAAAUGCGCAAACUCCGCCCAGCGGCAACUUUAUCUGCGACAUACACAACGAGAUGUUGCGCUACGUAUGUGACUACUGCCGGAAACUGGUGUGCCAGUGCUGCACACUGCACGAGCACAAGGAGCACAGCUACGCAUCCAUCCAGAGCUUUAUGGUGGGCUCGAAGGAGAAGCUGGAAGGCGCUAUUGAAAGCAGCCAGGUAGGCACGCGCUGCAUUAAGAGCAGCAUUGACAAAGCGCUGGCCUUCAUUCGGCUUAUCGAGCGCAAUUGCAGUGAGCUGAGCGAUAAUAUACGAAAGGCAUUCCGUCAGUUUAUCAUUGCCAUCGAAGACCGCGAGCGUUUCCUUUUAGACUUUGUGGAAAAGCUCCGCCAGCGUCGUCUGGCCAUCCUGCACGAUCAGAUGGCAGGCUUAAAGUCUGCUCUCGCUGGACUCUCCGAAACCUCAGAUAUGCUUAGCAAGGUGGCGGAUAAUGCCUGCAACAUGGACCAGAUCGAAAUUGCCAUGAAGUUGACCAAUGGCCAGCGGCAGAUGGAGCAGUUUGCGGGCAUCUAUAAGGACCUACAGCCAAAACAGGAAGUCUUUGCCUUCGCCCCACCAGAUUACAGCUUGCUACAGGACAUCCGCAACCAGGGCGGCGUAAUCCUGGUGGACGACAAAAACUUGCCCAUCGUCUCUAGCAGCAACGGAAUCGUGCCAAGCGUCUCUAGUGUAAAUGCCGUGGCCGCGGCCUCCGUGGGAGUUGUUGGAGGCGUUGCUGGAGUAGUCGGAGGCGUUGGCGUGUCAAACGGUAUGGACUUGGCCUUCGGUAUGAACAUGCCCAACAAUCCGAUGAGUGUUGCUUCCACAACUGUUCGGCGUCCCCUGUUGCGAGACAAUAGCUUCCGGAUUCCAUCGCCCAUCAUGCAACCACGCGGUGGAAGUGCUUGUGGGAUGUCCGGUGGCAUGUCCAGCGCUGCGCUUGAUUGGGAACUCAAUGGACUGCGCAGCUCACCGGGAUUACACUUCAGUGCGCCGCGAACCACGCAGGCCAUUCCGGGAUGCAUGGAUCUGGUCAAGGUGCGUAACUCAAAUGCUCUCUCGCUAUCCUUCGCCACUGAGGGCCACGAGGACGGACAGGUGAGCCGGCCAUGGGGUCUAUGCGUGGAUAAGAUGGGCCACGUGCUCGUAUCCGAUCGCCGCAACAAUCGCGUUCAGGUUUUCAAUCCCGAUGGCUCCCUGAAGUUCAAGUUUGGCCGCAAAGGUGUGGGCAAUGGAGAGUUCGACCUGCCCGCUGGAAUCUGUGUUGACGUUGACAAUCGCAUUAUUGUGGUGGACAAGGACAAUCACCGUGUGCAAAUAUUCACCGCCAGCGGCGUCUUCCUACUCAAGUUCGGCAGCUACGGCAAGGAGUACGGCCAGUUCCAGUAUCCGUGGGAUGUGGCAGUGAACUCGCGCCGCCAAAUUGUGGUCACCGACUCUCGCAAUCAUCGUAUCCAGCAGUUCGACUCUGAGGGACGCUUCAUCCGCCAGAUAGUGUUCGACAACCAUGGGCAAACCAAAGGAAUCGCCUCGCCACGAGGCGUUUGCUACACGCCCACGGGCAACAUCAUAGUGUCUGACUUUGACAACCACUGCCUCUACCUGAUUGACCCAGACAUCAACGACAUUCUUUCCGUGAAAGGACAUGAGGGAUCGGGCUUCCAUGAGUUUAAUCGACCCUCCGGCCUGUGCUGUGACGACGAGGGCCGCAUCAUUGUGGCCGAUUCCAAGAAUCAACGCAUCCUGGUCUUCAAUCAAAACCUGGACUUUAUGUGGGAUAUCGAGGUGCGACCCUCCAUCAAUCCCUUGAUGCCGCCCACGCUGGACGAGAAAGAUCGCACUUGCGAUGUGGCCAUAAUGCCAGACGGCCGCAUUGUGUUCCUCAUUGAACUGUCGCCAGACUCCAAAGAAGGGUCAAACCCUUACAAGCGGUUUGUGCACGUAUUCUAAAAAGGCCACGAGUGCCGAUCUUUUUUAGACCAUUUACAAAAGCUAAACGUUAGCGUAGAGUUCCAAAUAACAGAACGAUUAUAAACAGGUGCCGAAACCGAUUUAAUAAGGAAAAAAUCUGAAAUCAUGAAAAUUAGCGAAAAUUUUUAGCUUAAGUGCUACAACGAUUACCUCGAUAUUGCUUAAGAGUUACGGUUACGAUUUGGUAAUUUACAAUACAAUACGAAUUACACAUAUGUAUCUAUGGAUAUCUAUAUCUAUACGCAUAUGCAUAUAUCUAGCGAAUAUACAAGCCCAACCAACUAGAACUAUAACUAAAAAAAACUAAAGCGAAAGGCAGAGUUGAGUAGGAUUUAGGAGAUAUAUAGACGUAGGGUCCGUAAGCAUUCAGUAGAGUUACCGAACCUAGUAAAAGAUAAAGCAAAAAGGGAACUCAACCAUUUACUAGAUGAAAAUAUUAUUACCUGUUAGUUAGACUGAAAGGCAGUUUGCUAGCUGAUAGAAGAAGGUAUGAUUGUGUUUUUUACGGAGUUGCUUAGCAGAAUGAGGAAACUACGUUCGACAAAAGUUACUAAACAUGAUUUGCAGAAGCACUGUGGAAUGGUAUUAAUGUUUGUAUUAUAUUUAUAAUUUGUUUUUUCAGUUCUGAUUUGCGUUUAUUUUAAAAUUAAUUUUUUUUGGGACAUAUAUGUAUUUUUAUAAUUUUCUUAUAAUUGAGACUGAGCAUUUGAGAACCCGAACUUUGUGAAAGGAAGCAAAGCAAAACAAAGAAACAAACAAAACCAUAAAAUAUGGAAGGAACUCGCUGACUUUUCGUUGAACUUUAUAUAAAGACUGAUUAACUAAACCGCAAUUUCGGAGCCAACUAAAGAACCAUAUAUGGUGAGGCCAAAAUAAGUGAAAAAAGCAACACUCCUAAAUUGCAAUGACAUUGAUAACGUAAAGUAAUUUAAAAUAGCUUAACAUACAUACUUUCGCACAUAAAGCGAUACAGAUAUCAUAUAGACCCGAUCAUCAAGUCACGAAUCAUAAUGGGCAUAGCUGAAACCGAGUUUAACUGACAGUCAUCGACAUUUCCCCACUCAUUCAUACCGAUCAUGCAUCACAGGGCUUUGGUUUGUGUCGUUACUUUGUAAUUAUUGUGAAAGGAUUUACCUACAGGAUACACGGCAGGUUGAAAGAAGGAGGGGUUAGCUAAAAUUAGAGGGAGAUUUGGGGAAGUUAAAAAAAAAAGCAAACCUGAAACAAAAUAACGAAGAAGUUAUAAUUUUUGACUCAAUGUGUUCAUUAGCAUUUAGUAGACUUAGCGGGCGUGGCAUAGUAAAAACGUAUGGAAAAUCCAGAGCAAUAUAAGAGCGUAUUGAAUACACAUUUAGGUGACAUGUUCCUCGCAAAAGAAACAAAUAAAACAAAAACAAAACGAUGAAACUUAAUAAAGUCAUGGACAACGCAUGAAUUAGCUGAAUUAUCUGUCUAGAGGUGGAACGAUUUUUAAUAGCAAAUGUAUACACACACGUAGAGCCGACUAGGACCGAUUGUAGGAAAAGAGCUAACGAGCAGGCGUGGAUUGUAAAAUGUAUUAGACAACUUAGUUACUUAGUUUACGUUAUGUUCUUACUGUUUUGAGGCGUUCACGUUCUAUUCUUUGUAUUUGUGUUCAAACCCGACUUCAACGGAUCGACGGAGAGAUGAUACAUAGCUAACACUCCUUCCACAAAUAAAGCAAGAUUGCAUAAAAUGCGCAAAACAAACAAAAA